AUGUUGUUGUUUUUUUUCUUUUCAGAAACCCUGGAGACCUCGCCGCUGACUACAGCCCAGAUAAGAUAUGUUUUGUUCCACAACGCCCUCCCCUUUGUUGGAUUUGGUUUCCUUGAUAAUGCCAUCAUGAUUGCAGCAGGAACACAGAUUGAGCUCUCUAUCGGAGUCACUCUGGGGAUCUCCACCAUGGCGGCUGCGGCUCUGGGGAACCUGGUUUCAGACUUGGCAGGUCUCGGUCUUGCAGGUUAUGUGGAGGCUCUGGCUUCCAAACUGGGGAUGCAGGUUCCAGAUCUGACGCCCAAACAGGUGGACAUGUGGCAGACCAGGCUCAGCUCUCACAUGGGUAAAGCCAUCGGGGUGUCCAUCGGCUGUAUUUUGGGGAUGUUCCCGCUGUUUUUUCUGGGCGACGACGACGAGAAGGAGAAAGAAGCACAACCCUGCAGUGACAAAGAAUCGCCUUCUUCCUAACGAGCCACUACAGCUUCACAACAAUCACACCUACAGACUGGAUACUGCUGAUGUCAACUUGAAAGUAUUUACAGUUGGGUGUUUCUCUCUGUGCUCCUGCUCAGGCAACGUUCCUACUUCUUUUAGUCUCUAAAGCAGUUUGUGUUAACUUUACUGUCUUAUAAUGAUAUUUAGCUCCAUCACAACUUUAGCACUUUUAAGCUUCUUUUGAUGCACCUUCAGGACAUACCGUCUGUUAGUUCCGUAUAUCGAUUUUAAUGGGAGGUCUCACUCUUAAAAUUUUGACGAGGGAUGGGUGCUGUAAGGAUCUUAUCGUCAUCGAUUCUUCAUAUUAAUCUUAACCUCUUUCUGGACUUCAUUAUUGACCUGUUUGAUAGAUUGUUGGUUAUUUAAAGCUGAACAGCAGCUGCUUUGGCAACAACUGACAAGUAAGAUUCUCUGAAGUAAUUUGCUUUCGAGACAUCAUUAUUAGGGGACAUGUUUCCUGAUGAGGGAUGGUGUAAUGAUGACAUUAGGUGGGUGGUGUAAGUAGAGAAAAGUCAUAAAGUGAGCACCGCAAUAUGUGUUUAUUUAUAUGGAUGCACUUUAAAGUGGUGGUAUUAUGCUCAUUUUUAGGUUCAAAAUUGUAUGUAGGGCUUGUACCUGAACAGGUUUACGUGGUUUAAUUUUCAAAAAACACAAUAUUCUUUUUCAUACUGCACAUUGCUGCAGCUCCUCUUUUCACCCUGUGUUGAAGGCUUCGUUUUAGCUAAGGAGUGAUGCAUCUUGUCUCUAAAUGAUCUUUGUUAGGCGUUGCACAUGCGCAGUUCCUAGUUGAGGACUACUAGCCAAUCAGAAGCAGAGAAGGGUGUGAGUGAGAAGCCCGUAAACAGCUCAGAUUUAGCUGAAGGCUACAUGUUGCCGACCAGCUUGGCAACAUGGACUGGAGCGAGAGUGUCAGAGCGGUGAGUUAUUAAUCUGUAACAAAAGUAUCUUUCAUCCGUAAAGUUUUAACUGAGCUCUGUCUCUACAU